AUGGUUGAUUUGAUAAGUAGUCUCCCAGACGAAAUCAUUUGUUAUGUUCUUUCUUUUCUUCCAUCCCAACAAGUUGUUGCAACCAGUGUUCUCUCCAAGCGUUGGAAUCUUCUGUGGCGUUCUGUUCCUUCUUUAGAUUUUGACACGGAUAUUGAAGAUUUUGGGCAUCUCAAUCACCAAAAGAUUUCCAAUGCGGUUUAUAGCUCGGUGUACUCUUUCUUGGUUGGUCGUGGAGAUAAACCCUUCUAUAGAAUUCGUCUCAGAUGUUACCCUUCCAUUGAUAUUACUGAGAGUAUCAAGACACAGAUUCGAACUGCAGUGAGUGGAAGUGAUAAAGUUGAAAUCCUCGACCUCAAGUGUGAUUGGGACAUUGUCAUUCCAUCUAUGGUGUUUAGCUUUAAAACUCUUGUAGAACUCAAGUUAGAAGACAUAACAAUUGAAGAUAUGUCCUUUGUUGAUUUGCCUUUGCUUAAGAUCUUGCAUCUAAAAUGUAUUAUUUCUCCCAUAGAAAUUGAUGUUUCACAGCUUCUUACUGGGUGUCCUAAUCUUGAGGUUUUAGAAGUCUUCGAAGUGUGGCAUUUGGAUUGUGAAACUAAAAGAAAGUUUAUCAGAUUGCCCAAGUUGGUUAGAGUCAGCAUUGAUGAACCUUUACUUCCAUUGGAAAUAUUUAAGGAUGUUGAAGUUUUGAAAUUCUAUUAUGUAAUGCAUAUAUUUCAACCAAACCUGUACUUAAAUUUUGACUUUCGCAAUUUAGUUCAACUUCAAUUGAAAGUGAUCCUGGAGUGGGUUUUGGUCUUGGAAGUGCUCAAUCAUUGUCCCAAGCUUCAAAGUCUUGUCAUUUGGAUUCAUAAGGUUUAA